UUGUGAAAAUGUAUUUGGCUAGAAAGCCAUUGAUCAUUUCUGCUGAUAAAGUUCAUUUAACACCAUGUUUUGUGAUAACAUGCCCUGCUGUUUGGGGUAAGCUGUCACAAUGGAAACUUGCCAUUAAAUAACAUGGGGGAAAAAAAGAGUUAGCUCUCGGAUGAGGUAUGGAAUAAUAACUUAUUUGCAUAUGCCACUUGGUUUGAUAUUUUGCUAUCCAAUGCAGUUAUGAAAUUCGUACGUUUUAGAUAAGACUUUAGUGUCCAAAUACUUUUUGGGUCCACUGUAUACAGCUAUUAAGCUAUUAAAUCCAUUUUGGUUUUGCCUCGUCAUGUGUAAGUGGAGGUUUGGCUUAUGGAGGAGGGGAGUGAGGGAGAGAGAGAGAGAGAGAGAGAGAGAGAGGGGGAGUACGGGAGGGGGCUACUCAACACGGCGAUGAGAACAUCGCUCUUAUUGCGCCUCUCUUACACCAUCGUAUAUCUAUCUCAGGCUUAUCGUUAAUUACCCUCAUUCGUUCUCCAUCUCGGUCAGUGUUUCAUCACUGCAGCAUCGGUGCAUGUACAUGUGAGCAGCAGGAGUGCCGCAGGACACCGCGCGCGAGACCCGCACCGUCACGCCACAGGACAUUCGUCUCUCUCCUACUCUCGAAUACAACCACAACAUGUGUCGGAGCUUCAGCCUUCUCAUCUGAGGCCGGAGCACAGGUCUCGACAACCGCAGUAUCCGGACUGCCAGAUACCGUUUCGUGGACAUCAUCACGCACUGAGCCAGAAUGUCAAAAAGCUCGGCAGAAAGUCAGAGCAGGGGCGGCUCCGUCCGAGACGUGAGGAUGGCCUCUUCCAACAAUACCUCACCCGAAGGAGGCUCUCCACCCCACCAGAACCGCAUCCGCCAGUCGGACAGUAACACCAGCUUCCUGAGAGCAGCCAGAGCAGGUAAUAUUGAAAAGGUUCUGGAUUUCCUCAAGGGCGGACAGGAUAUUUCUACAUGCAACCAGAAUGGGCUCAAUGCGCUCCAUCUAGCAGCCAAAGAGGGUCAUGUGGGGCUGGUGGAGGAACUUCUGGAGAGGGGUGCGACCGUGGACUCUUCAACCAAGAAAGGGAACACUGCAUUACAUAUUGCUUGUCUGGCUGGGCAGAAAGAAGUUGCAAAGUUGUUGGUGAAAAGAGGAGCAGAUGUAAACUCCCAAUCGCAGAAUGGCUUCACUCCACUUUAUAUGGCUGCUCAAGAGAAUCACCUGGAUGUUGUGCGAUAUCUUCUGGAGAAUGGUGGAAACCAGAGCACGGCUACAGAGGAUGGCUUCACUCCUCUGGCCAUUGCUCUGCAGCAGGGUCAUAAUCAGGUGGUCUCUCUGCUCCUGGAACAUGACACGAAAGGUAAAGUCCGCCUGCCUGCACUCCACAUCGCUGCCCGCAAGGAUGACACCAAGUCUGCUGCUUUGCUGCUCCAGAACGACCAUAAUGCUGAUGUCCAGUCCAAGAUGAUGGUCAACAGGACUACAGAGAGUGGCUUCACUCCUCUGCAUAUUGCUGCUCACUACGGUAAUGUUAAUGUGGCCACGCUGCUGCUCAACAGAGGGGCUGCUGUAGACUUCACAGCCAGGAAUGGUAUUACCCCUCUCCAUGUGGCCUCCAAACGAGGGAAUACCAACAUGAUUGCUCUGCUGCUAGAUAGGGGUUCUCAGAUUGAUGCUAAGACAAGGGAUGGGCUGACACCACUGCACUGUGCAGCCAGAAGUGGACAUGACCCUGCAGUGGAAAUACUGCUUGAAAAAGGAGCUCCCAUACUGGCACGGACCAAGAAUGGACUGUCCCCGCUGCACAUGUCUGCUCAGGGUGAUCACGUUGAGUGUGUGAAACACCUGCUGCAGCACAAGGCACCGGUUGAUGAUGUAACACUGGACUACCUGACCGCCCUUCAUGUUGCCGCCCACUGUGGUCACUACAGAGUCACAAAAUUACUGCUGGAUAAGAAAGCGAAUCCUAAUGCCAGAGCACUGAAUGGCUUCACUCCUCUGCAUAUUGCCUGCAAGAAGAACAGAGUGAAAGUCAUGGAGCUGCUGGUUAAAUACGGCGCCUCAAUCCAGGCCAUCACUGAGUCCGGCCUGACCCCAAUCCAUGUUGCAGCAUUUAUGGGGCACCUCAAUAUCGUUCUCCUGCUGCUACAGAAUGGAGCCUCUCCUGAUGUCUGUAAUAUUCGUGGCGAGACGGCAUUGCACAUGGCUGCAAGGGCAGGACAGAUGGAGGUGGUGCGAUGUUUGCUAAGGAACGGCGCUAUGGUGGAUGCCAUGGCCAGAGAGGAUCAGACACCCCUUCACAUUGCGUCACGUCUAGGUCAGAUAGAGAUCGUGCAGUUGUUACUGCAGCACAUGGCUCACCCUGAUGCUUCCACCACUAAUGGAUACACACCUCUGCACAUCUCCGCUCGUGAAGGGCAGGUGGACACGGCUGCAGUGCUGCUGGAGGCCGGAGCAUCUCAUUCGCUCACCACGAAGAAAGGCUUUACUCCUCUACAUGUUGCUGCUAAGUAUGGAAGCCUGGAUGUGGCAAAACUCCUCCUACAGCGAAGAGCACUUCUUGAUGAUGCUGGAAAGUACGGUCUGACACCUCUGCAUGUAGCUGCUCACUAUGAUAACCAGCAGGUGGCGAUGAUGCUCUUGGAUAAAGGGGCCUCACCUCAUGCUACUGCUAAGAAUGGCUAUACACCCCUCCACAUUGCGUCAAAGAAGAACCAGACUCAGAUCGCCUCUGCGUUGCUUCAGUAUGGAGCAGAGACAAAUGCAUUGACCAAGCAGGGUGUGAGUCCUUUACACCUGGCAUCUCAGGAGGGGCACACAGAGAUGGCCUCCCUACUGCUGGAGAGGGGUGCACACGUCAAUGCUGGCACUAAGAGUGGUCUUACACCUCUUCACCUCACUGCUCAGGAGGACAGAGUGCGGGUGGCUGAAAUACUCGUCAAAAACGAUGCAAACAUAGACCAGCAGACCAAAUUGGGCUACACUCCUCUUAUUGUUGCUUGUCACUAUGGAAAUGUAAAAAUGGUUAAUUUCCUUUUGCAAAAUGGCGCUAACGUCAAUGCAAAAACUAAGAAUGGCUACACGCCACUUCACCAAGCUGCUCAGCAGGGAAAUACACACAUUAUCAAUGUCCUGUUGCAGCAUGGGGCCAAGCCUAAUGCCGUCACCAUGAACGGAAACACAGCACUCUCUAUUGCUAAACGUCUGGGGUACAUCUCAGUGGUGGACACUCUGAAAGUUGUUACUGAGGAAAUAGUCACAACAACAACCACUGUGACAGAGAAACACAAACUGAACGUUCCAGAGACAAUGACAGAAGUUCUGGAUGUGUCUGAUGAGGAGGGUGAGGACACAAUGACAGGUGAUGGAGGGGAGUACCUGAGAGCAGAGGACCUGAGAGAACUUGGUGAUGACUCUCUACCUGGACACUACCUGGACGGCAUGAGCUACACCCACAACCUAGACCGGUCCCACGAGACCCCCAGUCAUCUUGCUUACAGGAGUGAAGGAAUCUUGAUUGAGGAAAUGAUCUCCAGCCACCAGCUUACUAAGGUGUCAGCGUUCUCUCGAGAGCAUGAGAAGGACUCGUAUCGACUGAGCUGGGGUGCUGAACAUCUGGAUAAUGUGGUACUAACCAGCACUCUUCUGCAGUCAGGCCAAUCUACCCCAUGCCUUGACCAUGACAACAGCAGCUUCCUGGUCAGUUUCAUGGUGGAUGCUCGUGGUGGAGCCAUGCGUGGCUGUCGGCACAAUGGCCUACGCAUUAUUGUGCCACCUAGAAAGUGCUCAGCCCCUACACGGGUCACAUGUCGUCUGGUGAAGAGGCACAGACUGGCCUCUAUGCCCCCUAUGGUGGAGGGAGAAGGGCUCGCUGGCAAGAUCAUUGAAGUUGGACCCACUGGAGCCCAAUUUCUUGGUAAACUCCACCUCCCAACAGCCCCUCCUCCUCUUAAUGAGGGUGAAAGUCUUGUCAGCAGAAUUCUGCAGCUGGGUCCACCCGGGACCAAAUUCCUCGGGCCUGUAAUAGUGGAGAUCCCCCACUUUGCUGCAUUGCGUGGGACAGAGAGAGAGUUAGUGAUUCUGCGCAGUGAGACGGGAGAGAGCUGGAGAGAACAUCACUGUGAGCAUACAGAAGAGGAGCUGAAUCAAAUACUCAAUGGCAUGGACGAAGAACUGGACAGUCCUGAGGAGCUGGAGAAAAGACGAAUAUGCCGCAUCAUCACUCGUGAUUUCCCACAAUACUUUGCUGUGGUGUCCCGCAUUAAGCAGGACAGUCACCUGAUUGGUCCAGAAGGCGGGGUGCUAAGCAGCACACUUGUUCCACAGGUCCAGGCUGUGUUCCCAGAGGGAGCACUGACUAAACGGAUACGCGUGGGACUACAGGCCCAGCCCAUCAGUGAGGAUAUGGUGAGGAAGAUCCUGGGUAAUAAGGCUACGUUCAGCCCAAUUGUUACGUUGGAACCCAGAAGACGCAAGUUUCACAAGCCCAUCACCAUGACUAUUCCUGUCCCUAAAAGCCCAACCAGUGAUGGAACCAACAGUACACCCACUCUCCGACUGCUAUGUAGCAUUACUGGAGGGACAACUCCAGCACAGUGGGAGGACAUUACUGGAUCCACACCUCUGACAUUCAUCAACCAGUGUGUUUCAUUUACCACCAAUGUAUCAGCAAGGUUCUGGCUCAUAGAUUGCCGUCAGAUCCAGGAGUCUGUGAACUUCUCCAGUCAGCUGUAUCGUGAGAUCAUCUGUGUUCCCUAUAUGGCCAAGUUUGUCAUAUUCGCCAAGACUUUAGACCCCAUUGAAGCACGACUCCGCUGCUUCUGUAUGACGGAUGAUAAGAUGGACAAAACUCUGGAGCAGCAGGAGAACUUCACAGAGGUGGCUCGUAGUCGAGAUGUCGAGGUACUAGAGGGAAAGCCAAUUUUUGCCGACUGCUUUGGAAAUCUGGUCCCGCUGACCAAAAGUGGACAACACCAUGUGUUCAGUUUCUAUGCCUUUAAGGAAAACCGUCUUUCUCUAUUUAUCAAAAUUCGUGACAGCACUCAAGAACCAUGUGGCAGAUUGUCUUUUACAAAAGAGCCAAGAACAUAUCGCAGUCUAAACCACAAUGCAAUAUGCAAUCUGAACAUCUGCCUACCUGUCUACUCAAAGGAUUCUGAUUCUGACCAAGAUGCAGAUGAGGAGAGUGAGAAGACACAUGAGAAAUAUUAUGAUGGAUCUGAGUCAACAGAGCUUUCCAUGAUGCAAAUUAUGCAUGAUCCUGCCACACUUGCAAGUCCAGAUCUGCUUUCAGAGGUGUCCGAUAUGAAGAAGGACCUGAUUAAAGUGUCAGUCCUUCUGACCUCUGAAAAGAGCUCCUUGGAUGCCAGAGAGCGAUCAGACAAGACUGAGGAUGACGAAGAGGAUGAGCCAUUUGAAAUUGUUGAAAAAGUGAAAGAAGACUUAGAAAAGGUAGAAGAGAUCCUCCGUGUGGAAACACUGGAUGAAACAAAGAGAGAAGGUGCUAUUGGGAUAUCUGUAACCAUUGAUGAUGAGGAGUGGGUACUUCUUAGUGAGACAGAUGUUGAGGAAUCCAAAAGCAAAAACAUCACUGAAGUCCAAGAGACACUCAUUCAGGAAGUUCGAAUCACAAGAGACACUAAAUCAAGUUCUUCUCCUAAGAAGGAUAUGUCAGGUAUGGUUUCGUAUCUCAGCAGUGACUUAGAACAGUGCCUGCAGGAACCUUUACCAUUUAGUCAUCCACAAGAUGUAGAGAUUGUUCAAGAAAGCUUUAAAGAGGUAUUUGUUGCCCGUGGUAAACACCGUCCAGCAGAAAUCAAAAAGCCAGUAAGGAAAAAGCGUAAAGAGAGGGAGUUUGCAAGUGGCAGUUCUGAAGAUGACCUGGAAAGGAUGAGUAGGAGUCAGUCUGAGGAGUCUCUUGAUGAAGAUGCAGUUAUUGGUGGAUCUGAACCUGUCUUUGGAUCUAUUCCUGUGUCUCCUAGAGUUGUAGAAACUCCAAUUGGAUCCAUUAAAGACAGGGUUAAAGCACUGCAGAUGAAGGUUGAAGAAGAAAAGGAGGUGGACAGUCAAAAGUGGAAAUCCCAAAAAGUGAAUAUUUCCCAGAGUAAAUCAUAUGACACAGAGACAGAAAAAUCAAACAAGCUUCCUCCAAAAUCCCCCAAAUCUCCGAAGUCACAGACAGAAAGACUGGAGGAAACCAUGUCUGUAAGAGAGCUGAUGAAGGCAUUUCAGACUGGCCAAGAUCCAUCAAAAAGCAAGUCUGGACUUUUUGAACAUAAAGCAAUUACAUCUGUAAUCUCUGAAACAGCAUCUUCUGAUGUCAUACAGGUUCCCCCAACAUAUGAUAACCAAAUGACAGUAACAACUCAACAUUUACAAGAAAGUGCAAUUACGACUGUGACCUCUGAAGCGGCAAGUCCUAUUGUAAUGCAGAUUCCUCCAACAUGUGACAGCCAAUUGACAGUAACAACCCAAGAUUUACAAGAAAGAGCAAUUACAACUGUGACCUCUGAAGCAGCAACUUCUGAUGUGAUGCAGGUUCUCCCAACAUAUGAUAACCAAAUGACAGUAUCAACUCAACAUUUACAAGAAAGUGCAAUUACGACUGUGACCUCUGAAGCGGCAAGUCCUAUUGUAACGCAGAGUCCUCCGACAUGUGACAGCCAAUUGACAGUAACAACCCAAGAUUUACAAGAAAGUGCAAUUACAACUGUGACUUCUGAAGCAGCAACUUCUGACAUGAUGCAGAUUCUCCCAAAAUAUGAUAACCAAAUGACAGUAACAACUCAACAUUUACAAGAAAGUGCAAUUAAGACUGUGACCUCUGAAGCGGCAAGUCCUAUUGUAAUGCAGAUUCCUCCAACAUGUGACAGCCAAUUGACAGUAACAACCCAAGAUUUACAAGAAAGAGCAAUUACAACUGUGACCUCUGAAGCAGCAACUUCUGAUGUGAUGCAGGUUCUCCCAACAUAUGAUAACCAAAUGACAGUAUCAACUCAACAUUUACAAGAAAGUGCAAUUACGACUGUGACCUCUGAAGCAGCAAGUCCUAUUGUAACGCAGAUUCCUCCAACACGUGACAGCCAAUUGACAGUAACAACCCAAGAUUUACAAGAAGGAGCAAUUACAACUGUGACCUCUGAAGCGGCAAGUCCUAUUGUAACGCAUAUUCCUCCAACAUGUGAUAGCCAAUUGACAGUAACAACCCAAGAUUUACAAGAAAGAGCAAUUACAACUGUGACCUCUGAAGCAGCAACUUCUGAUGUUAUGCAGGUUCUCCCAACAUAUGAUAACCAAAUGACAGUAUCAACUCAACAUUUACAAGAAAGUGCAAUUACGACUGUGACCUCUGAAGCGGCAAGUCCUAUUGUAACGCAGAUUCCUCCGACAUGUGACAGCCAAUUUACAGUAACAACCCAAGAUUUACAAGAAAGUGCAAUUACAACUGUGACUUCUGAAGCAGCAACUUCUGACAUGAUGCAGAUUCUCCCAACAUAUGAUAACCAAAUGACAGUAACAACUCAACAUUUACAAGAAAGUGCAAUUACGACUGUGACCUCUGAAGCGGCAAGUCCUAUUGUAACGCAGAUUCCUUCAACAUGUGACAGCCAAUUGACAGUAACAACCCAAGAUUUACAAGAAGGAGCAAUUACAACUGUGACCUCUGAAGCAGCAACUUCUGAUGUGAUGGAGGUUCUCCCAACAUAUGAUAACCAAAUGACAUUAACAACUCAACAUUUACAAGAAAGUGCAAUUACGACUGUGACCUCUGAAGCGGCAAGUCCUAUUGUAACGCAGAUUCCUCCAACACGUGACAGCCAAUUGACAGUAACAGCCCAAGAUUUACAAGAAGGAGCAAUUACAACUGUGACCUCUGAAGCGGCAAGUCCUAUUGUAAUGCAGAUUCCUCCGACAUGUGAUAGCCAAUUGACAGUAACAACCCAAGAUUUACAAGUAAGUGCAAUUACAACUGUGACUUCUGAAGCAGCAACUUCUGACAUGAUGCAGAUUCUCCCAACAUAUGAUAACCAAAUGACAGUAACAACUCAACAUUUACAAGAAAGUGCAAUUACGACUGUGACCUCUGAAGCGGCAAGUCCUAUUGUAACGCAGAUUCCUCCAACAUGUGACAGCCAAUUGACAGUAACAACCCAAGAUUUAGAAGAAGGAACAAUUACAACUGUGACCUCUGAAGCAGCAACUUCUGAUGUGAUGCAGGUUCUCCCAACAUAUGAUAACCAAAUGACAGUAACAACUCAACAUUUACAAGAAAAAAAUGUUGUAGAAAACAAGAUCAUUCAAGAAUCAUGUUUUGACCCAAACACAAUUCAACAUAAACCAAUGAUCGAUGAUGGUGAAACACUAAAUGAACAACCAUUGACAACCUUAAACAGUACUUUGUCCACACAAAAUAAAGAAAUUGAUCCAGUUGUAACUUCCAACAUUAUGUUUAACUUUGAGAAGGAAAGCUCUCCAGAAGACCAGAUCUCUAAGCUUACAACAAUUGACCAAAAUGGAAAACCAUCUCAGGAACAAGGCAAAUUUGAGACUGAGGAACAACAAAUUUCUGAGCUAUUAGGAAAUGAAGACCCAGGGCUGCUACCCGAGAAAAUGUUUUAUGAAAAUAACCUCUGCCAGAACAGGAAAUUGUCUUUGGAACCUCAGAUCAGCCCAGACAGGAAACCAUCAGAGGACUUCAGUGCAGAUAUUAAGGCAGAACUUGAGGACAGUCCUGAAUAUCUACUCUUUAGACGGAGAUCAGCUGAAACAAGUAAACACUAUUUAAUGAGCAUUGAUGGCCUUUCUUCAGACGAUGAGGAGCAGAUACACCAGGUAGCUGUGGAUCCAAGUAAAUCAAAUAUAAUUACUGCAUUUGCUACUGCAAUGGUGCAAGGUGUGCCUUUACUUAAAAGUGAAAUACAUGGAGCAUCUAAAGAAAGUCCUGAUAGUGACAAACAUGAGGCCUUGGUAGACUCUCCUGGCAAUAGUAUAGGGACUAGGACUCCUCACUCCAGCACAGGUGACAGUGAGAAGCAUGAGGGACUUGCUGAAACCCCUCAAAGUAGUCCUGAAAUCCUUGUCUUGUCUUCCAGUACAACUACUGAAGAAACAGAAGUCAGAUGUCAAGAGGCUAAGGAGACACCUUGCCAAUCAAUUUUGGUGACAUCACAUGAAAGAGCAGAGAAUGCACUAGAUAGACCUUCUAGUUUGGAUUCUCUGCAGCCUGCAACAAUAAGUGACUCUAAAACUCUUGGUAGAACAGACUCACUUGAGACUACUCCCAUCAGAGAAGAUAGGUCAUCUCAAAAAACACCAGACUCUAUUGAGCCAAGCCCAAACAAGGAGUCCCCAUGUCAAGACUCUUUAGAGGGAAGUCCCACUGGGCAGGAAUAUGGACAAUUAAGUUAUAUUGACAGGAUCUUUUCAAAAAGUCAGGCUUUCGUUUCUGAUUCCAGGGAAAAUGUAGAAAAAGAAAUCAUUUCUGAACAAGAAUGUGAGUCAUCCCAAGGGUCCCAUGAGACCCCAGAUAUGCAGUUCUUUUCCAUGACCCUGGAGCAAAAAGAAGCACUUGAUAGUGAGGAUUUUGAUGCUUUACAAAGGCAAUUCACUCCAGAAGAAGAGAUGUUUAAGAUGGCUGCAAAGAUCAAAACAUUUGAUGAAAUGGAAAAGGAUGCAAAAGUUAAAAAGGUAAAAUUUGAUUUUGAUUGUGAUUCUAAACAACUACAAGAAGAAGUGCUGUCACCACAUAAAAGUCCAGUAGACUUCAACACAAUGUCAACAAAAGAAUCAGAUGAGCAGUACUUGAAUCUGACUGAAUCUGGCCCAGUAUUACCUUUACAAUCUUCAUGGUCUGAUGAUGAUUAUGACAGGCCUGAGUUGGAUGAGUCACCUCACAAGGUCUCAGGAGUACCCAGUGAGGUUUUAGAAACCAUGGACAAAGAUGAGCAGGAUCAUACCCACUUAAAGACUGUGGAUUUACAGACAUGCACAGACAUACUAUCUUUGCAAACACAUGUAAACAAAGAGGAAGACUAUGAACAGUUCCCUUCAGAGUACCAUAGUAUCGUGAUCGGUGAGACUACACCUGAGGAGGAUCUCAUUAUUACAUCAGCAGAGAGCAAAACAAGCACUGAUGGUUGGUGUGUUGAUUCUAAGUCUCCUGGUGAGAGCCCAACUUCUGAAAAAGUGCUAGAACUAGUUUCUCCUAUUGAUAUUGUAGGUACUACUACUGCAGCAAAGGAAGUGCAGAAUGAAUUCCAGACAGAUUUUUGUAUUUAUGAAGAGGACAAUGAAGAAAAGCCAGAAGAAAUUUCAGCAUCUAUUCCAAGAGACUUGGUUCCCUGGAGUGCUGAAGUGGAAGAUUACGAGGCAUUUGAUGCACAAAUUGAGGCUGAGGAGCAGAAAAUGCUGGCUUUGUGUACAGACAGACAAUCCCAUGGAACCACACCUGACACAACUCCAGGACGCACCCCUACUGAAGAGGGGACACCAAAUCCUUUCCUCUUCCAAGAGGGUAAGCUAUUUGAGAUGACCAGAGGUGGAGCCAUUGACAUGACAAAAAGGACAAUCGAGGAAGAGGAAGAAAGAUUAGUCUUUUUCCCGAUAAAUGAAGAUCCAAGUGAAGAAUUUGACGUCAGUUUCAAUGCUAGUGAGUCUGUUGCAGUAGCUUCUUUUGAGAUGACUGCAGAUGGUUCAGUGCAUCAAGAUAGGUAUACUGAUGAACCUGAUGCAAAGUCUGAUGGCUUUAGUAAAACUGAAACCAAGAUUGUUAAUCCAGAACAUCCAGAACCAAUUGAAUUCCAUAUACAGUAUGAACCAAAGAGCCCCACAGAGGAUAAUGGAAUCCAUGAAGACACACUGAUACCGAAUGUUGACACUGCCACUUAUACAGUAACACGAACAGUUUAUUCUGAGCAAGACCUGGAAUCCUCAGACUCCUCAGUAGAAGAUGAACAGCAUUCUGUUGUUGAAAUGCCCAUAUCCACCCAAGUAUCAACGAUUUCCCCUAGUGCCUCAGCUCAUAGUGUUAGUCAAGAGCAAUUCCAGACAUCACCUUCAAUAUUCAUUCCAUUCAAAGGCAUUGCUGCUGAAAUUGAAGACACAACAUCUAAGCCAAAAAUUGCUGUGAAAGCAGCCAGCUUUGACCAAAUUUUAGGACAAGGGGACUCCAUUGAGCAGAAUCAAAGGCCUAAAUCUGAGGCAGAUACUGGUGUCUCAGAAUGGUCCAUGUCUGUUGUGGAUGAUCACACUAAUAUAGAAAACAACUACACCAAACCAAAGACUUCAUCCUCCCAGAUGCCUGUUUCACCAACACAGGCUCCUCCACAGUAUUCUGCAUCCAGUCAACCUGAACUUCCUGCCAAAAUCUUUCAGGAAUUAUAUCCUUCAAGGAACACAGAGUGCGAUGAAACAAAAGGAGACAGAGCAUCUGUUGAUUUAGGGGUAGAAAGUAGUUUGAAAGCAAUUCGACCCCCAUCCGUAGGCGAUGAAGUCUUUGAGUCAAGGACCUACUGGGAGGAUUGUGUGGAGACACAGAUGCAGAGAAUCUCAGACAGCACUACCCCAGACCAAAGUAAAGUGGACUGGCAUGAUGAUGCAGAUAGGAAAGAAGAGACUUUGGCCAUCAUUGCUGACCUUCUAGGUUUUAGCUGGACAGAACUGGCCAAGGAGUUGGAGUUCAAUGAAGAUGAGAUUCAGCAAGUGCGUGCUGAAAACCCAAAUUCACUACAAGAGCAGAGUCAUGCCCUUUUGCAGCGCUGGGUAGAGAGAGAAGGAAAGCAUGCAACUGAAGAUACAUUGAUUAAAAGACUAACUAAAAUAAAUCGCAUGGACAUUGUCCAUCUUAUUGAGAUUCAAAUGCACAAGUCAGUCCAGGAGCAAACCUCAAGAACAUAUGCAGAGAUUGAAAGGACCUUAGACCACAGCGAAGCUCUCUCAUCUGUCCAAGAGGAUGUUGACAGUCUUCGUGUUGUGCGGAGAGUGGAGACUUCACAAAGGCAUCCUCCAGCUGUGUCAGAAGAAGACUUAUCUGUGGCCUCUCUCCUUGACAUUCCCUCAUGGGCUGAAACAAUGGGAAACACUCAUUCAGAGAGCAUUCAUGGGGAUCUGAUGGAGGAACUAGAGAUCAAUCAGGAAAGCUUCACCAAUCCAUGGCUUUUUCAAGAGGUCAGGAAAGAAUCUACAAAGGAAUCUGCAGAUGAAGAAGUUUCAGCAGCAUGUGAGGAGGAAAAUCAAGUUCAGGGUGACCUUUCAGACAAUGAAAAUGCUUGUCUCUCUUCAUCACCAGUCAAUUUGAAGAGUCAGUCCGAAUUCCACCAACAAUCAACAAACAAGGGAUCUCAAAAUGCCUUUGAUUUCAGUCAGGUAUCUAUUACAAGAUUUUCGUCUGGUGAAAAUUCAGUUGUUUUGCCAGCAGUUGAACCUGGACACACAGUACCCGACCUACUGCAACACACUUCACCAGUGAGUCAAGAAGAAGAAAAUCAAAUCCAAGAACAAGUGUCACCUGUAUAUGAAAAAAGUGAUUUAGAAAGCAAUGAAAAAAGUGAUUUAGAAAGCAAUGAAAAAAGUGAUUUAGAAAGCAAUGAAAAAUCAUUACAAACAUUCAAAGAGGCACAACUCUUUGAAUCUAGUAAAACUUCAAACACCAUACAGUCUUCUUCAUACUAUGAAAGCAAACCGUGUGAAGUUGAUAGAUUGGUUCCUGAGAGCAACCAAAUACUAGGCCAAAAUAUUAGUCCUUCACUUUCCCCUCAUGCUUUUGUGAGGGAGACUGAUGAAACUCUCUCACACAGUGUUGAAGUGAAUCCAGGGCUUUCAAGAGUGACUCCAGACCUCAUUAAGGACUCUCCCGAAUCAGAUCAGGUUUUUUUCACCCCAGAAAAGUUUAGUGAUUUGGAUCCAGUUGCUUCAUUGCAAAGCCUUAGAGUAGUUGAUCAAAAUGUAGUUGAAUCCUCUCCUACAAUUGACUCUGCAAUACUGCAGUCACCUACUCAUUAUGAGAUCACAAUUUUAAAUCAAGUACAAUCUGAUACCAACAGCUCCCCACAGCAACCUUCAGAGCCCGAAGUUGAUCCUAGGAUAGGACCACAAACUGAUUCCUGUGAACAGGAACCAUAUCUGCAACUAUUAGAGUCUCCAGAGCAAAAGCCAGAAACCAUAGGAGACCAUUCUGGUGAUGAGGAAGAUAUAUAUUGUCCUGAGGCAGGAAAUGUAAAUACCCAAUUGGAUACAACCAUUGAACCUUUCAUAGAUGACAGUCAUGGCUUUAAGAGAGAAUUGUUGUCCCAAUCUGAGACUGACCCAGACUUGUGGAUUCAAAGGGAAACUGCACACCUGAGUCAAACUUCUUCUUUUUGUAGCUCUGACCUCAGUCCACAAACACCAGAAACAGUCAUAGCUUGUCAACAUUUUGACUUCAGGGAGAAGUCUUCUGAACUUGGAUCAGCAACUAAUAAGGAACCUGUUGCACAGGAGGCAGUGGUGUCCAAAGAUUUAAAACGGCCUCAGUCUGAAUCAAUAAUCUCUGGUGCAAACCAACAGUCAGUAGAAAAGCAUAUUGACCGCUGUCUUUCUGAGUCUUCUGAACCCUUGGUACUCACUCUGAACGUGAAUCCAGCAGUUGAGAAACCAGUUUCCCAGGAGGCAGUACUAGAUUUACCGCUCUCUCAUGAUGGCAGUGACAAGGCCUUACCUUCCAAAGAUUCCGAACAACUACUGUCAGAAACAGUCAUAGCUUGUCAACAUUUUGACUUCAAGGAGAAGUCUUCUGAACUUGGAUCAGCAACUACUAAGGAACCUGUUGCACAGGAGACAGUGGUGCCCAAAGGUUUAAAACGACCACAGUCUGAAUCACUUAUCUCUGGUGCAACCCAACAGUCAGAAGAAAAGCAUAUUGACCGUUGUCUUUCUGAAUCUUCUGAACCCUUGGUACUCACUCUGAACAUGAAUCCAGCAGUUGAGAAACCUGUUUCCCAGGAGGCAGUACUAGAUUUACCGCUCUCUCAUGAUGGCAGUGACAAGGCCUUACCUUCCAAAGAUUCCGAACAACUACUGUCAGAAACAGUCAUAGCUUGUCAACAUUUUGACUUCAAGGAGAAGUCUUCUGAACUUGGAUCAGCAACUACUAAGGAACCUGUUGCACAGGAGACAGUGGUGCCCAAAGGUUUAAAACGACCACAGUCUGAAUCAUUUAUCUCUGGUGCAACCCAACAGUCAGAAAAAAAGCAUAUUGACCGUUGUCUUUCUGAGUCUUCUGAACCCUUGGUACUCACUCUGAACAUGAAUCUAGCAGUUGAGAAACCUGUUUCCCAGGAGGCAGUACUAGAUUUUCCACUCUCUCAGGAUGGCAGUGACAAGGCCUUACCUUCCAAAGAUUCUGAACAACUACUGUCAGAAACAGUCAUAGCUUGUCAUCAUUUUGACUUCAGGGAGAAGUCUUCUGAACUUGAAUCAGCAACUACUAAGAAACCUAUUGCACAAGAGGCAGUGGUGUCCAAAGGUUUAAAACGGCCGCAGUCUGAAUCAUUUAUCUCUGGUGCAACCCAACAGUCAGAAGAAAAGCAUAUUGACCGUUGUCUUUCUGAGUCUUCUGAACCCUUGGUACUCACUCGGAACAUGAAUCCAGCAGUUGAGAAACCUGUUUCCCAGGAGGCAGUACUAGAUUUACCACACUCUCAGGAUGGCAGUGACAAGGCCUUACCUUCCAAAGAUUUCAAACGGCUACAGUCAGACUCAGUUAUGUCUGGUGCAAUAUCCCAACAAUCAGAGGAAAAACAUUCUGACCGUUGUCUCUCUGACUCUUCUGAACCCUCUGUGUUUAAUAUGAAUUUAGUGCUUGAGGAACUCAAGAAAACAGUUCAACCAGAACAGCCAUUAUCUGAUCAACCAGUCAACUCUGAGGUGAGUGUUUCAUUAAUUCUUGGUGUAUCCCAAGACAAAUUUACAGGGGAACUACAAUCAAUUGAAAAAACAUUAAUGGAGUCAGCUACAUCUCAAACUGAUCUGGGUGAACAUAAGGAAUUAGAAGGCACUGAUGUUCCAAAACCUGCCAACACUGAAAAACCAAAACCCAAAGACUUACUAAGCAUUGAUCAUCAACAUGAUGACUCUGAUAUUGAGGCUUUUUUUGACUGCAAACAGACCACCUCAGAUUAUUCUGAAGACGACGAACCCUGGAAAGGCACCAUGGCACUUAGUAAUAAAGUCUUGAGGUCUACUAUUCAUGAACUGCAACAACAACCAAAUGUCAGAAGUGCCUCAGCACUAUCAUCCCAUGAGAGCCCUCGUCUGUCAGUCAGGUCAUCAGACAGUGAAGAUUUUGAGGAUUCUCUCAUCAUCCAAGAACCCAAUGAUGAUGAAGAAGAGAAAGUCUUUUUAAGCCAGAAAAGUCUUGAAUCUUCUGCACAGUUUCCUCAGGAGCUUCCUCCUCGAGGAGGGGCUGAAUAUAAUGAUGAUGAUGAUGAUCUGAGGAGGGAGAUUGAUGAUGCAUUAGGUGUGCUGUCGGAUAGCUCUGAUGAGGAUGUGCUGACCACCAGAGUGGUGCGAAGGAGAGUAAUUAUUCAGGGUGAUGAUGUUCCAGAUAUUCCUCCACAGUCGGUAACAGAAGAGCAAUACAUAGACGCACAGGGAAACGUGGUUGUGAAGAAGGUGACCAGGAAGGUUAUUCGACGGUGUGUGUCAUCUGAUGGGGUGGAGACAGAGCAGGUGAGGGUGGAGGGCUCUGCUCAGCAGCCUGUCAAGGCGGCACCAGGUGAUGGAUAUUCGAAAGUAAUGAAGAGGACAGUAUUGAAGAGCGAAGGACAUGAGACAGAGGUGACUUUCCUUGACAAAGACGGCAUGUCAGCUUCAAAGGGGGAGUCUGCUGUAGGUCAAGAGGUCAGACAGGUGGUCCAAACAACAGUGGUACAUGGAGAACAGCUGGAAAAGCAUGAGGGGAAUACUUUCCUCGCCACAGACCUGCCCUCUGCCCAGGAUGACUUCACCCAGGCUCUAAGCUACUUUGGAGGUUUUAGGAAGGUGCAGAUCCCUCGAGUGGUAGAGCAGGAAAUACUGCAGCCUGAUGGAUCUGUGAUCAGGAGGUUUGAGAGACAGGCAUGGCGUUUGUGUGCAUAUUAGUGUGACCGUGUGUAUGGGGGGGGGAGCAAGUAUAAGGAAAAAACCUUUAUCUGCAAUAUCACUAUAUUUUUUUUAAAGUCUCUUAUGCUCAUCAGUGCAUUUAUUUGAUCAAAAAUACAGUAAAACAGUAAUAUUUGUUUUUGCAUAUUUUAAUUUUAUUUUUUUAAUUUAAUUUAUUCCUGUGAUGGCAAAACUACAUUUUCAGCAGAUAUUAUUCCAGUGUUCAAUGUCAAAUGAUCCUUCUAAUAUGGAAACCAAUCUAAAAUUCUGGGUUGAUUCUCAAGAAAUAUGUAUUUAUUUAUUAUUAAUUAUUAUUAUUAUUAUUGUUAUUAUUAUCACAGUUGAAAAUUAUUUUUCUGUUGUAUAAUUGUGUGGAAGCUGUGAUUUUUUUUUUUUUUUUUUUUUUUUUUCAGGAUUCAUUGAUCAAUAGAAAGUUCAAAAGAACAGAUUUUAGUAACAAUGUGACAUUUAAUUUGUAACAAUUUAAAAGUCUUUAGUCACUUUUGAUCAAUUAAAUGCAUCUUUGCUAAAUCAAAGUAAUAAUUUUUCAAAAGUUUAACUGACUCCAAACAUUUGAACAGUAGUGUAUGUAAUGUUCAUGGAAAUGUUCUAUAGAGACUGAGUGUAGAACUUCUAUAUUUGGUAUCAGUGUGUGUAUAUUUGUUAACAAAGCAUGUCUUUACAUCUUUAUUUCUCUAAUAACAAUUUUCUAUAAGUAUUCUGACUUUACACAAAAGUACUAUGGGAUUUCCAUGUUUUUUCCACUUGGAACCUUUUGUAAGGACCUAAAACAUCAAUUUCUGCCCUUUAAGACGCUGAUCAAUCUUUCUUUCUCAC